CCCUUUUCCGGCUUGCUUUGCUUCCCUGAUUUACACUUGACUCGGCUUUAGAGGCUUACAAUGUUUUGUUGACUCGUCAACAUGAGGAUGUGAUUUUCUUCCCAUGUUCUUUUCUUCCUACGUUCUUUCCUUCCUAUGUGAAAUUCACGGCAGAGUUUUCUAACGACCAUGUCCUUCCAAAGUGCUCCUUCAUGCAACCACCUAGGUACUUCUAGGUAGUGUACUUGAUUAAAUCUCACCUCGCGAUUGCUUACAGUAUCUCACUGACAGUCAAUUCUACUUGGUCGUAAACCUCUUUCCUCACUACCGCUUCCAUCUUGCUUUCCACUUUUGGUUUCAUCUGGAUAUGUUGAUGUUCUCAAAGUCAAGACCACGGUCCGUUGAUCCCUGAGCAGAUGUAGAUGUGGAAUCUUUGUCAAAAGGUACUCGGGUAGUCGACAAGAUCCCACAAUGCUUACCUCCUACCGCGGGAGUAUCAAAUCUGGUUUCUUUGAGUUGAGUUCCUUCUUUGCCACUCCCCUUCCUUUUUCUUUUUCCUUUUUUUUUUAUUUCCUACCAACCCAUCGAUUGUUCACAAAAUCUUUCAUGAUCUCGAUGUUCAACCGCAACGAACUUCAAGUUCAUGUUUACUGUACACUGAUGAUACCUCUUUUUACGUCUUACACCAGUACCUAUCUUUCCUCACUUUCACCACUUCCACCACUUCUUCCUAAUCCAGACAUCCGAGCGAUGAAUCAGGGCAACUUGUGAUGAAGUGUCGUUACCCAGCGGGGCCAUUGCUCCGGAACAAAAUCCUACUUGCCCUUUUCUUUCUAUACUUGCAUACUUUCAAGGCUGGAUAGACAACAUUG